CACAGGGCUCAUUUCUUCCUCCACUCACUCAGACUUUGAGGGAUUGUAAAAGUCGCUGAGACAGAGAGAGAGAGAGAGAGAGAGAGAGCUCAGUUGAUUUUCUCGUUCACUUUCUGUUCUAUUUGUCUUUGCUGAACGGUGUGUCGGUGUGUCACUGUCUGUCUCUCUCUCUGGCUCUGUCUAUCCUGGAUGCUGUCUGUGUCUCUGGGAUCAGGAUGUGGAACAUGAACACUUCUGUAAAGUUCUCAACUUUGUGGAAGGACACAGAACUCUGAGCUGAUGGGUUUCGUUCUUCAUGUUCUGCAGUAGAAACUUAACAGAAGUGUGUGUGUGUGUGUGUUGAGUGCUGAUGGAUUUGCGUGUUGGUGAGCGUGUGAUGCACCCAGGUUCAGACACACUGCUGUCACCGCUGCUGCUCAGUCCAUUUAAUCCUCAACACUGUGCCCAGUACAACCAACACGUUCGGUGGAACAUGCAGCAGCAUCUGCGAGACCAGGAACAAACAAAACAGCAGCUACAGAUGAUACGACACAAAGAUAAGAGUCAGCAGAGUGCUGUGGCAAGUUCCGUGGUGAAAAAGAAGUUAGCUGAAGUGAUUUUGAAGAAGCAGAAACAGGCGGCCCUGGAGAGGACAAGCUCAAAUCCGCUCACCAACACCCCUGUGGCUUACAGAGAGUUGGCUCCGGAUCCCAGCGUUCCUCUGCAGCCGAUAUUCUCGUCUCCUCCACAGACACUCAGUGAUGGAGCAGAAGAUCCUCCUCUACGGAGAGCAACCUCUGAGCCAAACCUGAAGAUGAAGCUGAAGAAACAUCUACACACGCGGAAGAGUCCACUAACACGGAAGCAGAGUGCCCCGCCCACCAUCAAGCCCCACAGACCUGACACACUCGACUCGUCUCCCAGCAGCAGUAGUACCCCUGUCUCAGGCUGCAGUUCUCCAAAUGACACAAUACCAAGUGAGAACGGAGUGCUACCCCCUACUGCCAGCCUGCCACAUGAGGCUCAGAGGGUGUUACUCUCUGAUGGAUCUGUAGCUCAUUUCUCUGUACCAACUCUUUCCACCCUACCUACCAUCACGCUGGGACUUCCAGCUCAUGCCAAGGCGGAGGGGGAACUGGGUUCUUUGAAACUUGGUCAGGUUCCUCUGGUAUCAUCGGGUUCUCCACUCUUGGUUCCUCUGGGUGUUGAGGAGCAGAACCUGGUGCAGCACGUCCUUAUUCUGGAGCCGUCUGGACUUGUCCGCACUCCACUGCUCACUGUUCCAGGUUUGGCUCCGGUUCCUUUGCAUGUCAGCACUGCUCACAAACCCCUGAGCCGCACACGAUCUGAGCCGCUGCCACCCAGUCCCCGCGCCAUACACACACACCUGCUGCAACAGCAACACAACACACAACUGCUGGAAAGACUGAAACAACAAACACACCUUGGCAAGCGUAUGUCAAAGUCGAGUGAGAAGCCCCGGCUCUGUCAGAUCCCCUCUGAGGAUAUGGACUCUGAGGAGGUGGGGACGUCCUCCAAUACGGUCAGUAAGAGUAGAGCAGAAUCACAGAGGGAGGCAGAGACUCAGGAGGAGCAGCUCAGCCUUCAACAGACCCUCAUUCUCAACCAGUCACGUCUUUGGGAGACGCAGAAACAGCUGCAACAGCUGCGCAGACACACGGCCCAAAUGGCAUUACCCAUGAUGCUCAGUGGCAUGCACCGUCCACUUGCACGCACACAGUCCUCACCGGCCUCCACCUCACACACACUUCCUGACAAAACACUGCCCAUCACUACGGCAACCGAGCCCAACCUCACCCAGUCGCGUUUCACCACAGGUUUGGUAUAUGACUCUCAGAUGUUAAAGCAUCAGUGUACAUGUGGAGAUAACAGCUCUCACCCAGAGCAUGCUGGGAGAAUUCAGAGCAUCUGGUCUCGACUACAGGAACGGGGACUUAGAGUGCAGUGUGAGAGUAUCCGUGGUCGUAAGGCGACUCUGGAGGAGUUACAGUCGGUUCAUACAGAGCGUCAUGUUCUCCUGUAUGGCACAAACCCACUGAACCGCCUCAAACUGGACAAUCGCAACCUCACUGGCAUUUUGUCCCAGAGGAUGUUCGUCAUGCUGCCAUGUGGUGGAGUGGGGGUUGACAAUGACACCAUCUGGAAUGAGCUGCACACCUCUACAGCGUCACGUACAGCAGCAGGCAGUGUUACAGAACUUGCUUUCAGAGUAGCCAAAGGAGAACUGAAGAAUGGUUUCGCUGUUGUCAGACCACCAGGACACCAUGCUGACCCGUCCAACCCAAUGGGUUUUUGUUAUUUUAACUCAGUUGCCAUUGCUGCUAAACAGCUCCAGCAGAAGUUGAGUGUUAAUAAAAUCCUCAUUGUUGAUUGGGAUGUUCACCAUGGAAAUGGCACUCAGGAGAUUUUCUACUCUGACCCCACUGUGCUGUACAUCUCACUGCAUCGUUAUGACAAUGGUAACUUCUUCCCUGGCAGUGGAGGACCAGAAGAGGUGGGCUCAGGUGCAGGUGAAGGCUUUAACGUAAACGUGGCUUUCACUGGUGGUCUUGACCCUCCGAUGGGUGAUGCUGAAUAUCUUGCAGCAUUCAGGACAGUGGUGAUGCCCAUUGCUCAGGAUUUCUCCCCAGACCUGGUGCUGGUCUCAGCAGGGUUUGAUGCUGCAGAGGGACACUUCGCUCCAUUAGGGGGAUACAGAGUCACAGCCAAGUGUUUUGGGUUCCUGACCCAGCAGUUGAUGAAGUUAGCAGGAGGGCGUGUGGUUUUGGCCCUAGAGGGGGGUCACGACCUCACAGCCAUCUGUGAUGCGUCAGAGUCAUGUGUUAGUGCACUGCUGGGGCUGGAGGAUCCGUUCCCAGAGGAAGUGCUGAAUCAGCAACCCAACGCUAACGCUGUGCAGUCACUACAGAAAGUCCUGCACAUACAGAGCGAGUACUGGCCGUGUGUCAGGGAGAUGAUGUUAUCUGUGUGUUCCUCGUAUGUUGGUGGUCAGAAGGGAGACAGUGAGGAGACAGCAGCAGUGAAAGCUCUCGCCUCGCUCUCAGUCGGAGUCUUGAACAACGUUAAGAGAGUCACUGAUGAACCAAUGGAGGAGCAGGACUCCAUCUAAUCCCUGCCUACUUUUUUCUGAAUAACUGUCCAAUCAUGGUGCAGUUCCAAUUCACAUGACUGCGAGGGAACUCCAACUCUCUUGCUGCCUUAUGACCUGCAGUGCCUUCAAUGGCCGGGGCUGUGGUGAUGUCACUUCCUGUUUACUCCUAUGCUACUUCUUCUGUGUGACUUUAGUGGCAUGGCUAAGCUAACGGCCUGUGUCGGACCCUGUGGAUUCCAGAACUUUCCCUACAUCCAGUUCUGUCCAGUGAAGGACGAUUCUUAAUGAGUCUUGAAUUACUUUUACUCAGUUUUUUAUGUUUUGUGUUCCUCCGUCACGUGCCGAGAAACGUUUCUGUUGGAGAAAGACAUUUUGUAGGAUUUCAGGAGAAAACUCAAAACAUCAUCCCUAAAUACAAAAGAAUCUUUUUUACUGAUUAUUGUUAUUGAACUGUUAUCAUGUGGACGUAAUCUUCCAUCUUGAUGUCAUUUUCUCCAACAUUAACCACUAAAGAAGACCCAGAGGGAGGCGGUGUUUAUUCUCCGCUCUUGUCUUGCACUGUGCAUUCCGUAAUGUGAACUGUGACCUUUAUCUCCAAACUCUGGGAGAGUUAUGUACAGUAACAUUAAUUACAAUGAAGAUAAAUUCACUCACACACACAGACACACACACACACACAUAAACAGAGAGCAAGGGUUUCAAUGACCACUGUAGUGACCAGUUACUGAUCAAACAGGAAGUAGCAUCUCGUCCCUGCACGCUGCAUUUAGAAGGUUAUAUUAAAAUCACAUACAUGUGUUUACACUCAUGCUUUUACAGGAAGUAAAGAAACAGGAAGUGUAAGUGACUUUAUGUGAUAGGAGCCUGUGACUUCCUUUUUCACAUGAAGCCUUAAUUCAGAUCACUAACAUUUAAAUUGAUUUCAGUUUAUAUAAACCUAUAAACAUGUCUAAUAUGUCUUGCAGAGGUGCAGUGCUCAGUGUGUUUGUGUGUCCAGUACAGUGGCUGAAUCUCAGCUCUGUGGAGGAAUUUUGGGUUAAACCAUUUUACUAUGGAAUUUUAAAAAAGCUGGACAGGCCACGCCCACAAAGAUAAUAUCACUGAUGGUGCACGAGACACAAGGCCUGGAGACUCGUAGGAAUCAUGGUGUGAAACAGACAGCAUGAUUGGUCGUUCUUCAUGUCGUUCCUGUCGCGGAAGCAGAGACGUUAAAGUCUAACGCGGAUGAAGAGAAACUGAGCUUUAUGAAGUUUUAAAGAUUUUAUAUUUGUUAAUGUUGACAUGACUCCAGUGAACAUAAACAUGGUGAGAUUAACACCACGGCAUUUUAUUUUUAAGCCAGAAGUGUGUGUGUGUGUGUGUGUGUGUGUGUAAAUUUGUUGAAUCUGCCUUUCAGACUUGCCUUAAACUGAUUAAAUGCAUAUUGUGUAAAUUAGCCUGAAACUAGCAGCGCUGUAGUGUCUUUUCUUUAAGUUGUGUUUGAGGGAAAAAGUCUGAUGCACUAAAUGGAACAGACCAAAAUAUUGUGUAUUUUAUUGCAGUGAUAAAAAACUAAAACCACUAACAAUCUCCAGGAUUUAAUGUUCUUCACUCCCAGAGGAAUCAGGCACGUGUGAUGGUGGAGUUUGUGCAUUUAGACGUGACCUGAUUGGGCGACUGAUUAAAAAAAAGCACUUGAUGUCGCUUAAAGAUUCCUGAAAGAAAAAUAAGUAUAUAAGUUUAUAAGUAUUGGUGUUGAGAUGAGCAGCGCUGUCGGGUUCAGAGUGAAACCUGCACCUCCUCUUCAUCUUCCUCACUUAGUGUUUUUGCCUCAUAACCAACCACUGUGUUCCGUCCUGUGUGUGUGUGUGUGUGUGUUGUGUGACGACUCUGGGUGUGUAUUAGCCCAGGAGAACCUACACAUCAUCACAUCUGAUUUAAGUGUAACGCAUGUCUCUGAGUCAGCUUUGUUGUGUUUUUAUGCUCUUGAUUUAUUAGAAGUUAUUUUGACUUUGAGGACCAGUUCCAAUUUAAUCCAGGGUUUCAUCUGGAGUUACAGCCAGGGUUUCAGCAUCACAGUUAAAACCAGGAUGUUUACUAAUUAAACUGUAGGAUUUUUAAUAACCUGUGUUUAGUUUCAGUCGUGAAGGAAGUGAAUUUUACAUUCCUGUGCAGUAGAGGACGGUGUGUAUGUAUGUAUGUGUGUGUGUGUGUGUGUGUGUGUGUGUGUUUAUUGAGGGGUGUGUUAGUGUUUAUUUUCACUUCCUGCUCUCGACACCACAGACAAGACUACGAGACAGCCGUGUUUUCUGCUUUAUGACACGUUUAAGGGCUAAAGACUAAAGAUGAGCCUCUGACGUCUUAAUUCUUGAUCAUUUUUUCAUGUCUUGUAAAAGGUUUCUUUCUAAAACCUUCAUGUAAAUAUCACUGCAAGACCAAAAAUCAUUUCUGUGUGCCUUUAUCUGUCACUAACAGAUCAGAUUAAUGAUUUUAUUCAUUUCCUUUUCCUUUUGUAAGCCUGUGUAUAGAAAAGAAUCUCUAUUUUGUACUUUCUAUCUCUUCCAAAUAAAAUAAAGCAUUCUGUUUUAUUGAA